CAAACCCACUUUUGCAGCCCCAUUUAUCAUCAUCAUCAUGUCUUCACCGACACGCGCGCACUUCCGUUCACUCUAUUUCUAUCCUUAAAAUCCUCUGACCAUUUUUCUUGGUCUUAAGAAUCUUCACGCAAAUGCAAACCCAACAUUUUUAUCCAACAGUGAUUAUGAUGAUGAUGAUAAAGUAGCUAACACUUUCUUCUUCUUCUUUAGAUUUUUUUGAUUCAUUUUACUAUCUUGGCGUAGAUGACUAUGUCUCCAAGAGUACUACUCGUCCUUCUCGUAGCUCUUCUGAUUCAAUCUUCUUUCCUUUUAGAUAUAUCCUCUGCUCUCCAGGAAGGGAAAACAUGUAUAGCAAAUAGAAACUGUGACACUGGUUUACACUGUGAAACAUGUAUAGCCAACUCUGGUUUCAGACCCAGAUGCUCCCGAACCCAACCCAUCAACCCCAUCUCCAAGACGAAGGGAUUGCCUUUCAACAAGUAUUCAUGGUUAACAACACACAACUCGUUUGCUCGAUUGGGGGAAGUGUCAAGGACCGGUUCUGUCAUUUUGGCGCCUACUAACCAGCAAGAUUCAAUCACAAGCCAACUCAGUAAUGGUGUAAGAGGGUUUAUGCUCGACAUGUAUGACUUCCAAAACGAUGUCUGGCUUUGCCAUUCUUUCAACGGGAUGUGUUUCAAUUUCACCGCUUUUCAACCGGCGAUUAACAUUUUAAGGGAGUUUCAAGUGUUUCUAGAGAAGAACACAGAGGAAGUUGUAACGAUUAUCAUCGAAGACUAUGUGAAAUCACCUAAAGGUCUCACGAAAGUGUUCGAUGCAGCUGGUCUACGUAAGUUCAUGUUUCCGGUAGCUAGAAUGCCCAAAAAUGGAGGGGAUUGGCCAAGGCUUGACGACAUGGUACGUCAAGACCAACGGUUGCUAGUUUUCACAUCCGAUUCACGUAAAGAAGCAACCGAAGGGAUUGCAUAUCAAUGGAACUAUAUGGUUGAGAACCAAUAUGGAAAUGGGGGGUUGAAGGUAGGAGCGUGUCCGAAUAGGGCACAAUCAAAACCGAUGAGCGAUAAAUCGAAAUCUCUUGUUCUGGUGAACCAUUUCCCUGAUGCCGCGGAUUUAAUAGUUGCAUGUAAGCAAAACUCGGCUUCUCUGCUUGAAUCUAUCAAGACAUGUUACCAAGCCGCGGGACAGCGUUGGCCUAACUUCGUAGCAGUCGAUUUCUACAAGAGAAGCGAUGGUGGAGGAGCUCCGCAAGCGGUUGAUAUGGCUAAUGGCAAUUUGAUGUGCGGUUGCGAUAACUUUGCAGCGUGCAAGGCUGACGGAAAGUGUGGAUAGUAAGAAAGACUGAGCCACCGGACUGGAGGCAACUCCCGUAAUUGACCAAAGGCUUUCUGCGUUGCUUGUCACCUUUAUGUUAUUUCUUCUCCCAUAAAGUUUUUAGUGUAGUAACGGUUUAGAUUUUUGUUUUGGAAUUUUUAGAGAUUAGUGUAAUGGCUAGUUACAUUAUUCUACAUUUCCCAAUCAUAUACGAACUAACCAUUAAAAAUGUUAAACACAAA